GUAAAGCUGAAGAGGGCACAGCCGCGCGGCCGAGGGCAGAGCGAGCCGAGCCGAGUCGAGCCAGCGGAGCGGACCAGCGCCGGGCAGCCCGAGCCGCGCGCCGCGAGCGCCCGCCGCCGCCCACGCCCUCCUCGGCCCCCGCGGCGCCUGCCACCUUCCCCUCCUUCCCCGCGCCCCUGUCCCGCCGCCGACCAGCUCGCCCAGGUCGCUGUCCCCGCGGAGUCCGGAGGUCACCGGCCCGCGCCUCCGCUCCCUUUGGGCCGCGCAGCGCCUCCACGAAUUCCUCCUCCUCCUGCUCCCCGGGCCGGGCGCCUGGCACCGGGGACCGUUGCCUGACGCGCGAGGCCCAGCUCCACUUUUCGCCCCGCGUCUCCUCCUCCUGCUCUCCUUCUCCAACUCCUCCAACUCCCUCACCCUCUGACUCCGCUCUCGAGCCCCUAUCUCCGAGCCCGCCCGCCCGCCCGCCACUUUCUGUCCGGUCCCAAAGGUGGGAGCGCGUCCGCCCCGGCCCGCACCAUGGCACGGUUCGGCUUCCCCGCGCUGUUCUGCACCCUGGCCGCGCUCAGCGCCGCGCUGCUGGCUGCUGAGCCCAAGUCGAAAAGUUGCUCGGAAGUGCGACGUCUCUACGUGUCCAAAGGCUUCGACAAGAACGAUGCCCCCAUGCACGAGAUUAACGGUGAUCAUUUGAAAAUCUGUCUCCAGGGUUAUACCUGCUGCUCUCAAGAGAUGGAGGAGAAGUACAGCCUACAAAGUAAGGAGGAUUUCAAAAGUGUGGUCAGCGAACAGUGCAAUCAUUUACAAGCUGUCUUUGCCUCCCGCUACAAGAAGUUUGAUGAAUUCUUCAAAGAACUACUUGAAAAUGCGGAAAAGUCCCUGAAUGACAUGUUUGUGAAGACAUACGGCCACUUGUACAUGCAGAAUUCUGAGCUGUUUAAAGAUCUCUUCGAAGAGUUGAAGCGCUACUAUGUGGCAGGGAACGUGAACCUGGAGGAAAUGCUGAAUGACUUCUGGGCCCGCCUCCUGGAGCGCAUGUUCCGCCUGGUGAACUCCCAGUACCACUUCACAGACGAAUAUCUAGAGUGCGUGAGCAAGUACACAGAGCAGCUGAAGCCCUUUGGAGACGUCCCUCGGAAACUGAAGCUCCAGGUCACUCGUGCAUUUGUGGCAGCCCGCACUUUUGCUCAGGGCUUAGCAGUUGCAAGAGAUGUAGUGAGCAAAGUCUCAGUGGUGAAUCCCACCACCCAGUGUACCCAUGCCCUGGUGAAGAUGAUGUACUGCUCCCACUGCCAAGGUCUCGUGACCGUGAAACCCUGUUACAACUAUUGCUCCAACAUCAUGAGAGGCUGUUUGGCCAACCAAGGGGAUCUUGAUCUCGAGUGGAACAAUUUCAUAGAUGCUAUGCUGAUGGUGGCUGAGAGGCUGGAGGGUCCUUUCAACAUUGAGUCAGUCAUGGAUCCCAUCGACGUGAAGAUAUCAGAUGCUAUUAUGAACAUGCAGGAGAACAGUGUGCAGGUAUCUCAGAAGGUUUUCCAGGGAUGUGGACCCCCCAAGCCCCUCCCAGCCGGUCGGAUUUCCCGUUCCAUCUCAGAAGGCACCUUCAGUGCCCGCUUCAGGCCCUUCCAUCCUGAGGAGCGCCCCACUACAGCAGCUGGCACCAGUUUGGACCGAUUGGUUACUGAUGUCAAGGAGAAACUGAAGCAGGCCAAGAAGUUCUGGUCCUCUCUUCCUAGCAGUGUCUGCAAUGAUGAGAGGAUGGCUGCAGGGAGCGGCAAUGAAGAUGAUUGCUGGAACGGGAAAGGCCAAAGCAGGUACUUGUUUGCUGUGACAGGAAAUGGUCUAGCUAACCAGGGCAAUAAUCCAGAGGUGCAGGUUGACACCAGCAAACCGGACAUACUGAUCCUUCGUCAAGUCAUGGCUCUUCGAGUUAUGACCAGUAAGAUGAAGAAUGCUUACAAUGGGAACGAUGUGGACUUUUUUGAUAUCAGUGACGAAAGCAGCGGAGAAGGAAGUGGUAGCGGAUGUGAGUCUCAGCAGUGUCCUUCAGAGUUUGAGUAUAAUGCAACUGACCACUCUGGGAAGAGCGCCAAUGAUAAAGCCAGCAGCGCUGGGGUCCCCACUGGGGCUUGGGCCUACCUCCUCACCGUCUUCUGCAUCUUAUCCCUGGUUAUGCAGAGAGAGUGGAGAUAAUUCUCAACCUUAGAGAACAAGUGUUCAUCGUCAGUUACAAAGGCACUGGUUAUCACUUUUAUACCAUCCUGGUGACUUUGCUUUUUAAAUGAAUGGACAACAAUGUACAGUUUUUACUAUGUGGCCACUGGUUUAAAAGAUGCUGACUUUGUUUUUUCAUUCAGUUUUGUGGGAGAAGGGGACUUGUACGUAAGGUCAGUCCGGCCUCCUCAGAGUCAUGUUAAAUGUGGCUAACAGUGUAGGUACAGAACUGUAGUUAGUUGUGCAUUUGUGAUUUUUAUCACUCUGUUUUCUUUCUGUUUGUGGGGGUUUUUUCCUUUCAAUAUGAUCUCACCUUGUUUCUUACAAGAAAACCAGGGUCCUUUCUUGGCAUGUAACAUGUACGUAUUUCUGAAAUAUUAAAUAGCUGUACAGAAGCAGGUUUUAUUUAUCAUGUUAUCUUAUUAAAAGAAAAAGCCCAACAAGCAGUAAAAUUGCCAUCUAUCCCUGUUGUUUUAGUUGCCUUAUCUGGAGAGAAGAGGAGGUGUUGUAUCUUUUCUUCUGCAAUGUGAAGGCACAAGGGGGCUUCUGAGCCACUUGUCAGGUUGUGUUCAGGCAUCAAUACAAGAAGAAGGUUAUACUUCAUUUAUAGCUGGUGACUGGAAGAGGCUGCAGACUACCCAUUUUGGUUGAGCUGGGUUGUAUAAACUUCAAUCACAGACCAGUCCAUUUCUGGAAGCCGCUUAUCCAUCUAGAAGAUUCUUAAUCUCCCUCGAAAGAUAUAAGGCAUUCAGGGUAUCCCAGGGUAUCACACUUAAUUUGGGGGUGGGUUUGGUUUGGUGGUGGUGUUUUUUUUUUUUUUUUUUUAAUACAGGCAAGUUAGCAAGCCACUGUGCUGGUCUUUGUGUCCAUACUUGACCCUCUAUGACAAGAUCAGGUGUGUUCAGGGUAGUAUGGCCAUAGACCACCCUCUUUGAAGUGAUAUCCCACCAGCAGAAGUAAGUGUCUAGCAAUCUCACUUGGUCCCUCUUGUUCCAGAUUCCAAACCCAGUCAUAGCCAUCUGGGGGGCUAGCCAGAACUGGGGUACAGCCUGGGCUCAGGCAGUAAGUAUCAAUACUCAAGCAAAGUUUUUGUCCAUGCGUGUGUAUUUGCAUUUAUUUGGUUUUGGAUCCCAGUGUUUUGUUUUUUUAAAAAAGAGAUUCUAAAGUGUCUUAUUGAGUCUUUUUCUUGCCCAGCCUUGCCCCAUCUGAAAGCCAAAGGUCUUGCCACGGUUCACAGCUGUGUGCUACCCUAUCAGCCAAGCAGCCCAGUAGGGGAGCUCUGAGUGUCCAGAUUUUUCUUCUCAUGUUGUUGGGCGUUUGAGUGGGGGGCAGGGAGGAAUGGGAGUAGGUAAAACUGAGAAGAACACAUCUUUAACCACGCAGGUGAACUGACAAAGGCCAUUAACUCUUGUCCCAGACCAAAGAGUAACCACUGCCUUGGCCCCUUUGGGGCCGUUUCCUUGUGUCUUUACCAAAUGACAGCUCAUAAAACUGUGAGAAUGUAACAAAUCACGUUAAAAGGAGUUCCAGAAGUCUUCAGAAAGAAUCACACUCUGCAGAGUCUUUUCUUGCUUUAGACACCAUUCAGAUCCCAACCCAUUCCCCAAAAGCUGAAACCCACAGAGAGGUUGUUUGUGUUAUUGUUCAAUCUUCAGUUAUAAGAGUAAUUCUCUAUUUUUAUAUUGAAACGUAAUUACUUGAUAGCUCAGGGUCUACAUUUCAUUCAGCUUUUUACACCAAAUUCUGCAGAAUGGACAAAUGGAAUAUUGGGGCUGUUAUAAACAGAGGCUUAAUUUUAUUAGAAGUAGCCAGUUAUUUAUUGAAGCAUGAUGUUAAUAAAAUAGGCAUAUUCUGGCUCAUGUGUAUAAGUUUUGUUUCUUUUAAACAAAUCACAGAAGACGUAAAAUUGAGAAGGCGCUCCAUUUAUGUAUGAGGAAAAAUUGAUUGUAAAUAGCUAAGCUGCCUUGUGAGAACUUGGAAAAUGUGCUGAUACUUAGUAACUACCUCAGUUGUGAGGAAUUUCCUUUUUAGCUUAGAUUGCUAUUACUUUUACUUGGUAGAAAUGAAUCUGGUCUCCAAAAUGUGGCUCAGAGAGUUAUCCCCAUAGACCUUGUUAGAUUGUUUUUAAUUUAAAACCUUGAUCUCUGCCCAGCUGUUUUCUUUCAGUCAAGUUCUCGAAACCAAUAACAUUUUCCGAAUUAAAUAUUCUUGAAGGUUCUUCUGGAGUCUAAAUGAUUUGUUUUCUUUCUUUGCAAUUUUUCCUGUUACUCUUUUAUUAUUUAAAUUGUCUCUUGCCUUUGAACUUGAACUAUGAAAUAAACAAAUCAUAGAUUUUUCCAUUCAGGUCUGACUGGAUAACUGUUGGCUUCCAACCAGCUGGCAGGCUCACACCCCCACUCUCCCCAAAACAGAAAUACAGGCAAGUUGAACAUUUUAAAAAUCUUAAGAGUUCAGUAUAUGAGGUAGAAGGAAAGCUUUGUGAGGAGACCUGACUUUUCCAAAGCCUCAGUUAACAGCAUGUGAAGAGUUUGUGCUUUACAAAGUCAUUAAUUAAUUACUGGUUAUUUUCAAACACUUCACCCACUCUGUACCUUAAGAAACAUGUUAUGACUCUUAGAUUGUAUUUUAUUUCAAAACUAGUAAUUAGCACCUGUUAUUUUGCUAAAACUGUACAAUGGACUUAGAUUUUUGAACUUUAGUUUCCUGGGUGUUAGAAACCUAACAGUAUACAAAUAAUUUUUUACAAAAAUUAAGUUACAUCUUUAAAACUUACUGUAUGUGAUUACAAAACCACAAUAAAAAUAGGUAUAGAUGGCGCUACACAAAAUUCUACUUCCCCUUUUGUGUUGGUAGAAUAUGUCUAUUUGCAUGGCUAAAAGCUAUAUGUUAAUAACAGUAUCUACUACAGGAAGCCUCUGUGUGUGUGUGUGCACUUGCUCUCAAGCAAAUACCACACGAUCAAAUACAACUUUCUUUUUGAAAUAAAGCACUGAGAAGAAUCUUCUAAGUAGAACUUAGUGGGAAAAAUAUAAUUUGGCAUUCUGUGAUAUACUUUAAAAAUUCAGUUUCUACCUUUAAACUCCUGAUUGUUUUCUUUUAAAAAUCCUUUUUGUAUAUGUGAAAAAUACCUGAAAGAUAACAUGGUAAUACAGCAAUUCAAGCCCAUCAGUAAGGCUAAUGGCCAUGUAAUAAUCGCUUGUCUAAUUGAGGUUUUAAGUAGGUCAUAUAUUGAUGGGGUUUAAAAACAAAAACCUGUACUACAAAAGUACAGAGUGAAAGUUUCUAUCCUGUUCUUGCAUUCAUCUGCUCAGUUAUCCCUACACCCUAAAUAAACUUAUUAGUUAUUUCUA